CCCCGAAAGAAGAAACCGGCCUAUGACAAGGUGCUUUGUGAUCUACCUCCAGACCCAUUGGGUUUAUUAGUCUGAAUGACACGGGCCAAAUAAUCUCCAAAGUCCAGCUCUGACAUUCUUAAAUCCAUUUUAGCUAAAUCGGUGGAUAAAUGGCCUCGCACACGCCGUGCCCCUGAAAGAUGAAAGAGGUUGAGGAGGCCCCGCAGGGGCUCCAGGAAUUCACGAGGUGGGGGUUUCGGGCCUCUCGGGUGCUUCCCCUCUGGCCAGAGGGCUCGAGCCCCGGCCUUCGCCGCCGCCUCCCCGCCCAGCCCGGUGUUUGCGGCCGGCGUUGCCGGCACUUCCUAGUUCCCGCGCGCCCGGGGCGCAGCUCCCUACGCCCGGCGCCGGCGCUCCUCGGGCGGGAGGGGGCCAGAGGGGAGAUGUCGCAACCUCCUCCCUCCCUCUUUCCCCGCCUUGGCACUCAGUCACCGCCCAGAUGAGCGCGCUCGCAGACCGCUGCGGGCCGCCGGGCACCGGGCAUGUCCCUUGAGUGCGCGCAGGCGGCGGGCGCCGGGUCCCUGCGCAGCCUGGAGCGAGUCAACCGCACCCGCUUCUCCUUCUUCUCCGACGUCAAGGGCGACCACCGGCUGGUGCUGAGCGUAGUGGAGACGAUCGUGCUGGCGCUCAUCUUUACGGUGUCGCUGCUGGGCAACGUGUGCGCCCUGGUGCUGGUGGCGCGCCGACGGCGCCGCGGCUCCACCGCCUGCCUGGUGCUCAACCUCUUCUGCGCCGACCUGCUCUUCACCAGCGCUAUCCCGCCAGUGCUGGCAGUGCGCUGGACCGAGGCCUGGCUGCUGGGCCCGGUCGCCUGCCACCUGCUCUUCUACGUGAUGAGCCUCAGCGGCAGCGUCACCAUCCUCACGCUGGCCGCCGUCAGCCUGGAGCGCAUGGUGUGCAUCGUGCGCCUGCAGCGCGGCGCCCGGGGGCCCGGGCGGCGGGCACGGGUGGUGCUGCUGGCGCUCAUCUGGGGCUACUCGGCGCUCGCCGCCCUGCCCCUCUGCAUCUUCUUCCGCGUGGUCCCGCAGCGGCUCCCCGGCGACGACCAGGAAAUUCCUGUCUGCACACUGGUUUGGCCCACCAUUGCUGGAGAAAUCUCGUGGGAUGUGUCUUUUGUGACUUUGAACUUCUUGGUUCCAGGACUGGUCAUUGUGGGCAGUUACUCCAAAAUUUUACAGAUCACCAAGGCGUCCAGGAAGAGGCUCACGGUGAACCUGGCGCCCUCGGAGAGACACCAGAUCCGCGUGUCCCAGCAGGACUUCCGGCUCUUCCGCACCCUCUUCCUGCUCAUGGUCUCCUUCUUCAUCAUGUGGAGCCCCAUCAUCAUCACCAUCCUCCUCAUCUUGAUCCAGAGCUUCAAGCAGGACCUGGUCAUCUGGCCGUCCCUCUUCUUCUGGGUGGUGGCCUUCACGUUCGCGAACUCAGCCCUGAACCCCAUUCUCUACAACAUGGCGCUGUUUAGGAACGAAUGGAGGAAGGUGUUUUGCUGUUUCUUUUUCCCAGAAAAGGGGGCCAUUUUUACAGACACGUCUGUCAGAAGGAAUGAUUUGUCGAUUAUUUCUGGCUAGUUACUUUUUCUCUCUAGGCCGAGUUCCUCACUCUCUGGCCAGCCGCCGUAUGCCCUUAAAGGGACUUAAUUUCCAGGACCAUCCCCCAGUGUACCUUGCUUUAAGAAAAUGUAACUUAUGCAAAUCCACGUCUGCAGCUCCGGCACAUUAAGGGAUGAUCAUUCGGUAUACCAAUAUAUUCCCCGUAUCAAAGGAUUUGUUAUGGGUUCCUUUUAAACAUGAACUUUUUUUGUAUAUUUGUAAUAUGAUUGAAUUUAAUAAAUUUUUAUUUAUAAUUGUUCAGCAA